GGGGAAUUCAAGUGUGGGGAGCCCCGGCGCUGCGGCUUCAGCCGGCCUCACUCGUCGCUUAGUCGCGGCAUCUUGAUUUACACCAUCGCUCAUCACCGAGGAAUGCAGCAGCUGACCUUCAACAAUCUUUCAAUGACCUUGGUCCUUCUACCACCUCGUUGCGUACUCAAUUUAAGACUAUAGCCUACUCAAACCAAAUUGGUGCAUUGACCUUGCCAAAUAACUGUCUUCCCGAGCGUGUCACCAUCCAUUAUGCGGUCAAUUAAACCUCGACAUCUUCGUCGACGGGCAUUCCCCCGCCAUAUCACCACGACCGUCACGGCUCAACCCCAGAUUACGCCCAUCACCUCUCUUUUGAUAGCAAAUCGCGGAGAGAUUGCUCUGCGCAUCAACAAGACAGCAAACCGUCUGGGCAUUCGGACUACCACACUAUAUACCGACCCUGAUGCCUCAUCACAGCACGCUGCCUGCUCACCACAUUCUAUAGGCCUCGGCGCCGCCAAUGGCUAUUUGGACGGCGAGCGGAUAGUGAGACUAGCAAAGAAACACGGGAUCCAAGCAUUGCAUCCGGGCUACGGUUUCCUGUCCGAAAACUCCGUCUUUGCGAGAAGAUGCGAGGAAGAGGGCAUUGUCUUCGUUGGCCCGCCCGCCCAGGCCAUGGCCGACAUGGGAGACAAGGCGCGAAGCAAAGAGAUCAUGAACAAGGCCGGGGUGCCCUGCGUUCCCGGUUACCACGGGUCAGACCAGGGAGAGAUGGAAUUACUGAAUCACGCCAAGAAUAUCAAGUUCCCCGUUUUGUUGAAGAGCGUCAAGGGUGGCGGCGGGAAGGGUAUGCGUAUUGUGAUGGAAGAGGGAGAGUUUAUCCAGCAAUUGAAAAGCGCCCGGGCGGAGGCUAAAGCCUCAUUCGGUGAAGGUGGUGAGGUUAUGUUGGUGGAGAAGUAUAUCAUACGACCAAGACAUGUAGAAGUACAAGUCUUCGCUGACAAACAUGGCAAUUGCGUGGCGCUCGGUGAAAGAGAUUGCAGUGUCCAGAGGAGGCAUCAGAAGAUUUUGGAAGAAUCACCGGCCCCGAACCUCGACGACGUCACGAGACUUGACCUAUGGGAAAAGGCUCGAACCGCGGCACUGGCCGUGGGCUACGUUGGGGCCGGAACAGUCGAGUUCAUUCUUGACAAGGAUUCCGGCGAGUUCUAUUUCAUGGAGAUGAACACUCGUCUCCAGGUCGAGCACCCAGUGAGCGAAAUGGUCACAGGGACUGACUUAGUAGAAUGGCAAUUCCGAGUUGCUGCUGGCGAGAAGCUUCCCUUGACCCAAAAAGAAAUAAUGGGGAGAAUACAAAAGCGCGGCGCAGCGAUCGAGGCUAGGAUAUACGCUGAGAAUCCUGAAAGGGGAUUCUUACCAGAUUCGGGAAAGCUUGUCCACCUGACUACACCCAAGACUGAUGAUGAUGUUCGGAUAGAUGCAGGCUUCGUCGAAGGUGACACGGUUACGGAAGCCUACGAUGGGAUGAUUGCGAAGUUGAUUGUCCGCGGCGACGAUCGGGAGACAGCGAUCCGGAAGAUGGAGCUCGCUUUGCGGAAUUACGAAGUCGUUGGCUUGAGCACCAAUAUAGAAUUCUUGAAACGCCUAUGCAAGUCUCCUGCCUUCGUUGAAGGUGACGUGGAGACUGGUUUCAUUGAGAAGUGGAAGGCAGAGCUUUUCGACCCCGUGGCAGUCAAUCCCGAAGUUUAUGUGCAAGCUGCACUGGGUAUCCUAGCAAUGAGUCCCGCAGCAAUCGAGUUACCACAUGGAGGGUCUCUUGGGUUCGGCCACAAUAAUGUGGAGAGAACCUUUUUCUUUAAAUCCUUAGACGCGCUGAGUGAGACAGAAGGAGAAAUGGUGGAAGUUAGCAUAACCCAGAAAGACAACCAGCUUUUUGAUGCCAAGAUUACCCGCAAAGGUAAGGAGGCACAAUUCAUUGCGGAUAUCGUAUCCUCUCCAACUUCAGUUACCGGCAAGACGACACUAUCAACUUUAUUUCCAGACACCAGGAUCGACACGACUGUUGUGCAAGAUGCGAAUAACGACAACAAGAUUACCGUUUUCCAGUAUGGCAGAAAGACUGAAUUAUCUCUCGUAUCACCGACAUGGUACGAGAAGGCGCUUGGCUUAAAAGAGGCCACCGCAUCAGUAGCAGCACCAAUGCCGUGCAAGAUCCUGAAGAAUGAGGUGAAGGAGGGCGAUCGAGUGGUUAAGGGUGCUCCUCUUGUCGUAAUCGAGUCUAUGAAGAUGGAGACCGUUAUUCGAUCCCCGCAGGACGGCGUCAUCAAACGGUUGGCUCAUAAAGAGGGCGAUAAAUGCAAGGCUGGAACGGUACUUGUCGUCUUCGAAGAGGAUGGUACCGCUGAUUAAAGGCCAAACUGUUAUCAAAAUCGUGGAAUAAAGUUUUAGCCAUGUUCAAGGCAAGUUGGGUGAAUUGCCCUUGUAUAUCAGUUUGAUGUGGAAAGGCGCAAUGAGAGGCCAGGCAGAGCCCUCCUCCUUGCGCGGGGUGAACACAACUCGGUUCAAGCCCACAGUGCCUAAUACGUAUUGUACCUAAAUUAUCACAGCAUCUUGAUGAUCCCGAAUUAUUAACGAAUAAAAGACCAUGUAGACAAAGCUGAGAC